CCUGCCACAGGGCUGUGUCCCCCCUUGUUAUGCCAUCUUGUAGUUAGAAUAAUCAUAAUAAUGAUAAGAACUUGACUGCAUAACACAAUUACAGGAAAUUCCAGCAGUUUUCAUUGUGGUCCAUUUGUUGUUGUUUUUUUUUUAGCCUGUGUGCAUUAUUUAGUUGCAUGACUUUUGCAUACAUAUCUUAAUCAAAAUAGUAAUAAUUUUGUAGUUUUCAAUGUUAUUUCUUGCAUAGGAAGAUCCCACAGUAAACCAGCAACCAGCAAAUGAAGGAGACAAUACAGCAACUACUGGUAAAUAUAUAUGUCAAAUAAUUUGUUGCCAACGAGCAGCCUCGCGUCUUUGCUAGGCGGUAGCACAAAGCUGUGUGCGAAAGUUUCAAGGUGGAAUGAAUCUCGAAGCGAUGUGACAUAAGGUAGUGUAAGGUAACUUUUAUGAUGUAAUGCAGAGCAGAGAAUGCAUUGUUUUCGGCAAACGAGCGAGUACGCGUAUAUAGAUAAAAUCUUUGCUUAUUAGCACUUAGUGAUAGCUAUAACUAGUAUUAUAUGUUUCACUGUUGCAUUCUCAGUUUUAUUAUGGAAAGUCACUCCCUGGGGCUAAGAGAAGAUAUGAAUUUCCAAUUUUUCAACAUAUUGUUCCUUCCCCUCCACAUUUUCUUUUAAAUUCCUUGUUUCCUGUCUUAUACCCCUACCCCAAUCCCCACACCAGUCUGUAAAAACCAUACUGUAUCAUCUUGAUCAUGUGUUCUAUUUUUCUAUGAAGGAACUUCAUUGGGAUGGAAAGAUCUGGCCGUGGGUGUAGCAGUUGGCACUGCCGCUGUUGCAGCAACUCCAGUGGUCCUUAGUGCUGCUGGCUUUACCGCUGGGGGGAUCGCUGUUGGUUCUGCUGCAGCAUCUGUGCAGUCAGUGCUUUAUGGAUCAACAGUGGCUUCUGGAAGUAUAUUCGCAGCAUUGCAGAGUGCAGGGGUGGCUGGAAUUAGUGCAUCUGCAAGUGGCAUCAUAGCUGGAACCACUGGAACUGCAGCUGUGGUUGUGAAAAAAGUUGGGGAAAGGUGGUACGGGAGGCAAGGAUAA